GUGGGCAGCACCAAGGAGCGCAAACAUCAUCACGGCAUACUGUACUCACGAUCAGAUCUUUAUUCCAGGCGUACAUUCUUCACACAUUUCGCAUCGACGCAUCUGCUGCUGCGUUCAAGGGGCACCGCGCUGCGGCAGCGUACGCUUCAAUCGAGACGAGGCCUCCUCGCUGGCCAACAUGCCACGCCAGAACAAAAUUCGACAGCGAGGAAAGAAGCACAAGAAGAGUGACGCAGAUGCAACCCUUGGCGAAGGCGGCCACUCGCGACAUGCCAAUGAUUCGCUAGCCUCCGCCCCGCUGCGGCAUGCCGAUGUGCAUGAGAGCCAGCCCGACGGCAGCGAGCAGCUCCCGGCGUGGAUGGGCAAUGGAGACGCCGGUCCAUCAGAGGUGGAUCCCAGAGCUCCAUUCGGCUACGUGGAAGCGGAUCUCAAAGCUUAUCUCAGGUCAGCAAUCUCUUCACUGACCGCGCUGUACGCUUCCACCUCGGUCGCCGAGCAUCGUCCAGGUUACGACCAGUACGCCGAGACAGAGGAUACCUCUUCUCAAGAGGAGCGCAUACAGCUGCGAGAUGCUGCACUCAAGGAGAUCAAUGGAAUCGAGCUAGCGGUAGCCACAGACCCGGACACUAGCCUCGUACUCGAGCUGCUGAUAGACACCAUGAGUGAGAAGCAGGUGCGGAUAUUUGCGGACCGAUUGGCAGGCAACUUGGGUGUCUUGGCUGGCCAUCGAUUCGGGUCGCAUGUGCUCCAGUCUACCUUUCGUGCAUUGCAGAGUGCGUGCACGAGCAAGGCUUCGUUGGGUCGCACAGGGAAGGCGAAGCUGGCGACGAGCGCUGACAACUCCCAAGGAGUCUUGAGAAGUGCGGGCACCUUGGUGGCAGAGAUGACUGCGGAGCUCUUGCCUGCGCUGGCGAGCCUCAUCCAUGACCAAUUUGGUACACAUAUAGUAAGGUCACUACUACUUGUCCUGUGCGGCAGACCUCUCGACGACUCUUUGCGGUCGAAGCGCAGUGCCGCUUAUCGAUCGAAAGGCGAUGUCGCGGAUCUCCGAUCUGCUUCCGAGCUCAGCAGCUCAGCGAGCCCUGUCUUUAAAGAGGAGCUGGACGACGUGAAACGUGCUCUACUCCAGGGCUUAGGCGCAAACGAGGUCAGAGCACUCUCGAUAUCACCGACUGCUAGCCCAACCCUUCAACUUCUGCUCGAUCUACACGAAGAUGUCGAUCAACCAGACGGCCCCGUCGAUCGCAUGUUCGAUGGGCUGCUCUCGAUGGCCGCGACAAGCUCCACCCCAUCCGAGCGCUCUGCGCAUGUUGAGGCUCUGCUACGAGACGUCGUGGGGUCACACCUGCUCCAGCAUGUUCUGGGGCUGCUAGGUCCUGCGGCCGUUCGCUUAUUCUGGAAGACGUAUGUCGAGGGAAGGAUAGGCAAGCUGGGAGUACACCCUUUGGCGAAUUUUGUCGUAGCGAGUGCAAUUAAGCGAUUGCCACUGGACAGCGCGGAAGAUCACUCCGAAUUCGAAAAAAUUUCGGACGAGAUUGCCGCAGCAGGACCAAAACUUGUUGGCGAAGCCAAGCUAGGUAUACUCACUUCUUUUAUCGAGCGAGUCGCCGUGCUUUCUCCUUCUGACUCUUCGGCACACGCUCAAGCACCUGUAUUGACCGCUCUCCAAACUAAUGCUGUCCUAAGUGUCGCCUCCAGCUUCGGGGUCGACGCUGACAAGAGAGAACAUCGGGCGUGGCUGGUGCCCGCUGUGCUGGCCAUCAAACCUAGGAAGGCUGUCAUCAAAGACCGCGAGAGGAUCAGAAAGAGACAAAUCAAAGAACAGACUACCGCCAAAGCUUCCGAACAAGCUGUGGGAACUGGGGAGACAGCGGCUGAGAGCGAAGCUGAAGGGAGCGCAAAGGUGUCGAGGGAAGAAGAGCAGUCCGAAAAGGGCGUCGGAAAGUUGGCCUGGCAGCGAGACGAAGAGCUGCAAGAUUCUGACGUCAAGAUACAAGGCUCUGUGCUACUACAGUCCAUUGCUAGCUUAUGCUCACCAGCGAAGAGCAUCCUCUACGAAAGCUUGAUCGCCUUGCCAAGCUCGCUUCCGCUUGCCAAGUCUACAACCGCUAGCUUUCUGUUGACCGCAGUGCUCACAAGCGAAUCGGCAUCUUUCAAACAACGCAAGGACCUCAUCGCGUGGAUGCAAGCGGAUUUACACCUGCUUGCCGAUGCUGCGCCGCGCGUAGCCUACACGCUCUGGGACAAAAGCGACGGGUUCACAAAGGAACGCCAUGCGCGCUUUCUGCUUUCCAGGGAAAAGUUUCUGCUUGCUUCUCCCCGCGGUCGAGUCUUUUUGAAGCGCAGCGUCAACUUGGGCCUCUUUCGCCGAAGCGUAGGGGAAUGGAAAAAGUGGCUGGCAGAGCAAGCGCAGCAGUCUGCUGCCUCUGCGCAAGCUGGUGCGGACGACGCACAAGCAGGCGCGAUUGUCAAGAAACGCAAAGGCACAGACUCAUCAAAGGCUGAAGAGGAAGACGGCACAGUUGAGACGUCUGCGCUACCCAGCGAGACAACCAAGAGCGGCAAAGCUGCAAAGCGCUCCAAGAAAGUCAAGAGGGACACGGAGCUGGAAUUGGACGCGAUCCUUGCUGGAGUGCGAUGAAGCCUGACACGAAGCGCUUCUGCGACGGCGCCCGGCCGCUGCGAUACCUGUACUGAAUAUGUAGAUGCGUACGCAAGCUCGUCAGACCUCUGCUGUGUAUGCAGGCAUCAAUCUUGAAAGUGGU